AUGAUUUGUAUUGAGCAAGUUAAAUCCGAUGGGUUUUCCGCCAAAUAUAUCACUACUAAUCAUAAAAAGGCACAACAUAUUAAAUUGGAUGACAUUGUCUACUUAGGAUUUACCAAGGGCGAUUACUCACUUACAAUAUAUAAAAGGUUUAUUGUCAGCAAUUUAAUUGCUACUAGUACAGAAAAAACUAGAAUACCCAUUGAUUCAUCUAAAAAUUGGACCAUAAUAACACAAGUCCAGCAUACACAUGAUGGCAACAAGUAUCUGUCAUCACGACUAGAAAUGGUACAAUCUGAAUACUUUGUAACAUUAGAUCCUAUAUCAAAUAGUGAGAAUGAUUUGAAAUUCGCAAUUGUAGGGUAUAUUGCAAUUGAAAUGUCUAACGACGAAUUUGAUAAUAGUAUCGGCGAAAUUGAUGCUUAUGGAUUAUUUUACGCCACAUUCAAAACACAUAUUCUGAGCUCAGAUGGCGAUCAUGAAAUAAAAUUUUCAAAGACAAUAAACGACCUAAAGUCACCAUCUAUAAUUAAAGUGAUAAAACUAAAUUCCAUUAGGAACAAUUUAAACGUAGAUAGCUCAAACAAUAUCAAAUUCUCCCCCAAACAUAUAUUUGGAAAUGUUGAAUAUAUAGGUGCAAAUCAACACAUAACCAAUGAGUCAAAGAGUAUCCAUCAGAAAUGUUGUUUUUUGGAUAAUUAUGAUGAACAAGCCUGGAAUUUGACAGUGCAUAACAAUGAUAAUACGUUCGACAACGCUACAAAACACAAUACAUUUAUUAUUUCCGGAAUAUAUAUUGAGGAUUAUAAACAAGUGGUACUGAAGAGAUUAUGCCUGAGCACCAAACCUAUUAAAAAUUCUAGUUUUAUAGAGUGCUAUAAGAAAUGUAAAUCAUCGAGAGAAAUUAUUUAUUGUCCGCAAACGAGCAAUGCAAUUGAGUGUUUACGGGGGUACAUAAAACCUUUUUGUUAUAUAAAUGAUGCAUCAUCAUUAUAUAUACAAAUAAUGAAUAACAUGCAUAGACAAAAUUCGCUAUUUUUCAAAAAAUCAGAUCAGCCUGCACCCGUAAAUAAUACUGGAAACAUUGGCGAUGAAUUGAUUAAAAAGGUAAGGAAUAAACUACUUCCCAUAACUGAGGAAAACGGUGAUGUUGUAGAUUCUCAAAAAAACAGAGUGAAGGUAGGGAGUACGAAUGAUUUUACGGAUACAAAAGUGGAUAAAAUUGAAUGUGUUACUGGAGAAUGGGAGGAAUGGGGAAAUUGUAGUAGCAUUUGUUACGACAGUGAGGUAAAUGCCCAAUUGGGUGAAUUCGAACCUUUUAUCAAAAAUGAAUUGUUUGAAUACAGAAUUAGACGAAGAACCUUGUAUUUCAAAUCACAAAAUGCAGAAUGCCCUACAAUUGACAAGUCAAAAUGUGUUGGACUUAAAAAAUGUUCAGAAAUAUGUCUAUACCGAUUGAAUAAGAUGGGUGAAGCUAUUAUUUUCUUUUGGACAGAAGAGUGUGAUAAAUUGAAUUUGAAACUACCUACACAUAGCUUAAUCAAUUUAAAAUAUGCGAAACUAUUAAUUGCGGAACAUAACUCUACUGGUGAUGGUAAAGUGGUUGAGUGUAAAUUUGAGGAAAUAUGGUCAAAAUGCGAUGCACCAUGUAUUACAAAUGACACUUCUGGCGAAAAUAAACCAUUAGAAUAUAUAUUAGCGCCGAAUUGUGCAGGUCCUAAAUCUAGAAGUUGCACCAAGAAAUUAAAACAUUGUACAGGUGAAUUAGUGACUAGUGAUGCGGAUAGAUCAGAAAGUGAUAAAAAACUAAAACCCACAAUAUAUUUGGAUAGAUCUGUAUUUAAAGUGCAAGAAGGUGGCUGGGUGAACGAAAAAACAAACUCUUGCCACUGUCAGCACGAUGAAAAUGAAAUAGUUGAUGUAUCUAGUGCUGAAGAACUUUAUUUAUCAGGAACGGAUAAAUAUCUAGGUUUUCAGACUAUAGAGGGAAAUAUGAGGGAACCUAGAGGGUUUUUUAGCAAUAUAUUCCCAGAAUAUAAACAGCUAGAUGAAAUAUACCCUCACAACAUAGACAAAUCACAUACAUAUUUAAACUCAAUGGCAUCACUUCUCAAUGGCCAAUUCAUCGAAUUCCCGUCUACAAUUAAUAAGCAAGUUGCAUAUAAUAUGGAAUCCAUGGAUUUAGAAGGACUGAGAAACUAUUGUGCUACAGGUUCAGCGCAUAUUAAGCCAAUGGAUGACAGUUUUCUGAACAUACACUGUGAUGAAAUAAGAUCUAAAAUUAAACUGUAUAAAUCAAGUAAUGGCAAAUUUGUUAUAAACCAAGAGGAAUAUAACAAUAGCCGUAUUUUGUGUAAAGUGUCUUGUCUUGACAUAUAUAAGAACUGUGCCGUGAGAAUCGAUAUAUUUAAUUCCAUGAAAAUUAUAAAUCAGUGCACCAAAAACUUGAUUAACAAGGACAAAUUGGACACACUUAGUGGGAAAUGUAACUUUUCACCCGAAAAAAAUCCAAAUACUCUACUAAGAGCUAUGAUAGUCCAUCAGUCGCAAGAUUUAUGCGUCACUACCAACAUCAAUUUGACACAAACAUAUGACCCUAGUUUUUGCCAAAUAAUCUGUAAAAAGUAUUACAACAUAUGUCUAUACCAACACAAAUUAGAUCUACAUACAGAAAGGAGAAAGUGUCUAUUAGGCAAGCUAAAUGGGAGUAAACGAGGGGAAAUGAUAAAAACACUUUGUGAAUUUAGGGAUCUAAGUGAUAAUGUCAUUAGAGGUGGUGGAUUGGUUUUUUGUAAGUCAAAGCCCGUGGAUUGCAAAUACUCCGAAUGGAGUGAUUGGUCUUAUUGUAAAUACAACCUAAAGAGUAGAAGCAGGAAAAUUAUUUCCGGGGGAAAUAAUUAUGGUAAACCAUGCCUAGGAAACUAUGAAAAUUUGAACCAACAAGAGAUGUGUAAUACAUUAUUGCAAAAUAACAAGCUACAAGCGAAGAUUUUACCCAGUAUACCAAAGGAUGAAUUCAAGGCACAGCAAGCAUGGGACCUAAACUCCGAGAUCAAGAGACUUGUCAAAUUGCACUAUCAACAUGACACGAAUAUUUCAGUAGGCAAUGAGUGUAAAAUUUUUUUGGGCCAAAGGGGGGUCGACGAAUUUAGACUAAUCAUCGACAUAGGCAAAUGUUCCUGUCCACAUGGAUUCAUUCCCUGCACCUUACCACAAUCAGUCACACAGAGACAAUGGAUAGUACAGUUAAAUGAACUGUGCCAAAAGAAUCCGUUGGCAUUUAUACUGUUUAAAAAAUCCAAGUUUUUCGACGAAAAUACCACCCACACUACAACAAAUACUAGCGCUAAUGACAGUGUUUAUGAUAAAUGCAAUAUUGGUUGGACAAACAUAAGUUCGUUUCACUUUACAUGCCUGAAUAUGACUUUUGUUAGGCAUGAUUAUGAAGCUCUGAAACUUCUAUGUACGGCAAGCGGUGAUACAACCUUCAUAUCUUGCACCAGUGACAAGGAAUGGCUUGAUUUACAACGUAAGAGAAUACUAAUUUCCGCAGUGGCAUUUUUGUGCGCCGGAAUGCUGUUAGGAAUAUGCUUAGUAUCGUUCCUAGUUAUGGCUAGUAAACAAAAGCGACAAAUGUUGGCCAAUUGUAGUAAUGAAUAA